CAUGCUGCGACUCAAUAGCCAAUCACACGCGCAUCUGCCGACGCACUGCCCAAUGAGCGCAACGCAGCCGUAGGGUUUAAAGAGCUGAGGCAAACGGAUAAAGUCAUUCUGUAUCGGAAAAUAGCACCGAUCCUUUGGUAAAAUGGCAAGGACGAAACAGACUGCUCGCAAAUCCACCGGUGGCAAAGCCCCGAGGAAGCAGCUCGCUACCAAAGCCGCCCGUAAGAGCGCUCCGGCCACCGGCGGCGUCAAGAAGCCCCAUCGCUACAGGCCCGGGACCGUGGCUCUCAGAGAGAUCCGCCGUUAUCAGAAGUCCACCGAGCUGUUGAUCCGCAAACUGCCCUUCCAGCGGCUGGUGAGAGAAAUCGCUCAGGAUUUCAAGACGGAUCUGCGCUUCCAGAGCUCCGCUGUCAUGGCCCUGCAGGAGUCCAGCGAGGCUUAUUUGGUCGGUCUGUUUGAGGACACCAAUCUGUGCGCCAUCCACGCCAAGAGGGUCACCAUCAUGCCCAAGGACAUUCAGCUGGCCCGCCGCAUCCGCGGAGAGCGUGCUUAAACUCUUGACUGCGUAACAUCUGAAUUCCCAAAGGCUCUUUUAAGAGCCACCUCAGUGUAUCUAACAAAGCAGAAUUUCCUUUCAAAAGUGUAAUGAUUCCAAAGGCAGAAUGGUAAACGUUGAACAUACUUGAACUUCACUGGCAUCAUCCUCCAU